AUGGGUUUCCUCGGCGUCUACACGGCUUUGUAUGAUUACCACCCCCAGGGAGAGGGUGAACUCCAAAUCCAAGAGGGCGACCUGCUCUACGUUCUGGAUAAGAACUCAGAUGAUGGCUGGUGGAAGGCAAAGAAGAAAGCCGAGCAAGAAGACGAAGAUGAGCCGGAGGGUCUAGUCCCAAAUAACUAUGUGGAAGAGGCGCAACCGGUACACCAAGCCAAGGGUCUCUUUGACUACACCCGGCAAACGGACGAGGAGGUAUCUUUCUCGGAAGAUGCAGAACUAGUGGUGUAUGAUAUCUCAGAUCCUGAUUGGACGUUAGUCGGAGUGAACGGGGAUUUUGGAUUUGCGCCAGCCAACUACAUCGAAAUUGCCGACGAUAUCGCUGCAACUACUGUUGCUGCUCCACCACCUCCGCCUCAAGCCGAGCCCGAAGCGCCAUCCCUUCCCCGACGGCCCACACAGCCUGCACAAGAAGAUUAUGAAGAAGCGUCGCCUUCCCCCUCUCCUAUCGACACAGUACAAAACCCGGCUGCCGCGGCAAUUGCGGACAUUAUACAUAAACAACAUGCCCCUGUCAGCGCAUACACAGAGCCUUCGCGAGAGGCGUCACCCCCGCCACCUCAGCUCCCAUCUCGGCCCUCGCAUGAUCAGGAUGUAGGCGAUGAUGAAUCACCUCCACCGAUUUUGCCCCGACGACCUCCAUCGGAACAGAUCACCCCGCUAAUGAACUCAUAUUCACCUGAACCGUCUUCAGCUCCCCCGCGGCCCAAGGCCACAGCUCCCCCAAUGGGUCGUGAAAAAACUCACAUUAAAGAGUCACCUCCCUAUAACCGGGCUGGUGAGCUGACGCCGAGGUCACCUUCCGGCUACCACAUCUACAAUAUCAACGAGAUGGUGGAGGUUAUGGGCAAGCGGAAGAAGAUGCCCACGACAUUAGGUAUCAACAUGGUUACAGGAAUCAUCUUUAUUUCUCCCGAGGGAGAUGACCGCCAACAGGAGUGGACUGCUGAGAAACUCACACAUUAUUCAAUCGAAGGCAAGCAUGUAUUCGUUGAUCUUGUGCGGCCUAGCAAGAGCGUCGACUUCCAUGCUGGAGCCAAGGAUACUGCUCAGGAGAUUGUUGCAGCACUUGGUGAGAUAGCGGGAGCUUAUCGCGCUGAAGGGUUACGAGAGGUGCUCGCUGCUGGAAAGGGUGGCGGUGGCCAGAAGACGGGUCUGAUCCUGUAUGAUUUCAAGGCGCAAGGCUCCGACGAAGUAACGGUAGAAGUGGAUGAUGAAGUCAUCGUCCUUGAUGACACCAAGUCCGAGGAGUGGUGGAUGGUAAGACGGCUCGCGAAUGGCAAGGAGGGGGUGGUUCCUAGCAGCUACGUUGAGAUCACCGGUUUUGUGCCCAUCCUACCAGGCGGGAUCGAGCCGGGUUUGUCAACGGUGGAAAAGAAUCGAUUGGAGGAGUCUAGGUUGGCCAAAGCCUCAGUUGGGAAGUCCAGGAAAGAUUCAAUGGAUUCUUCCAAGCGUGACAGCAAAUCCAAAUCCAAACCCGAUCCCAGCAAGGUGAGAAGGUGGACGGAUCGCACAAAGGCCUUCACCGUAGAUGCGCAGUUCAUCGGGCUACAGGAUGGCAAGAUUCAUCUUCACAAGGUCAACGGCAUCAAGAUCGCGGUGCCUGUUGCGAAAAUGUCCGUUGAGGAUUUGGAGUAUGUGGAAGCUGCAGCCAAUGUCUCUCUGGAUGAAGACAAGCCACUUUCCAGUAUUCGAAACCGUGCCUCUUCUGACGCCAAGAAGACCGGUAACGCGGGUGCGUCUGUGCAGCGCCCUGAGUACGAUUGGUUCGAUUUUUUCUUAAAGUCUGGCGUUGGACCUCACCAAUGUGAACGAUACGCGCAGAACUUCAUCAAAGACUCGAUGGAUGAGUCUAUCCUCCCCGACAUUUCGCCCGAGACUCUUCGUUCUCUGGGGCUGAAAGAAGGUGAUAUCCUGCGAGUGAUGCGUCAUCUAGACACCACACUCGGUCGCACCGGUAGCAAAUCCAAGGCCCGGAAUGUGAGUUUCGGUGGUGAAGAAGUUAUCGGCAACGGCGAGGAUGGCCAAGGUGGACUUUUCGCUGGACCCGGUGGUACUUUACGCAACAACACCCGUAAGGGAAGACCGACACCAGCUGUCCAGGCUGGUGAUGUUGUGGAUCCCAAGGCCUUCGAGCAACUGAAUGGCUCAAAGCCGAAGGAAGAGCGAACUGCGACUCCUCCAGCGCCCGAGGAAGAGAAGCCGGCUGCGCGUGGAUUCGAUGAUGAUGCUUGGGAGGUCAAGCAACCCAAGCAGCGUACUGGAUCUGCCGCUACGUCAAGCCCACCACCUAUCGCAUCACCUACAGCUCCUCAACCUCCUGUUCAGACGCAAGUCACAGGAGCUAUGGCCGACUUAACCUUACUCCAGACCCCUCUACAGCCUACUCCAGCGCAGCCCGCACCUGCGCCAGUAUCAAGCAUUCCGGCUUUGCAGCCACAGCAAACUGCGGUACAGUCACCCCCGGUGCAACAACCCCAGCAUACAGGUGCCACGCCUGGAUUUUUCAACCAAAUAGCACAGAUGGGACAGCAGGCCAGGCAGCGCCCCCAGGCUCCUCAGAACUUGAAUCAAAAUUCACUUCUUCCCCCUCCUCCGCAGCGCCCGCUAUCUGCGCCGCAGAACUUCUCGCAGCAGCAAGGCUCUUUUGGACCUCCUCCGCUGCAACCUCAAUUGACCGGAGUUCCCUUGGCUGGCCCUCCAGUUGCACCUCCUGGUCAAAGUUUGUCUGAAUUGAACCAACAGCGCUUCCAGCCUCAAAUGCAGCCGCAAGCUACCGGGUUCAUGGGGGAGAACCAGUUCCAGAAUGGCGUCAUGAUACCCCAGCCGACUGGCUUCACUCCCCAGUCGCAAUUUGGUAUUCAGCAACAGCAACAAAUGAAUGGUCAUCCAGUACCAAACCAACCAGGGUUCCAGGGAAUGGUUCCCCAGGCUACCGGCUUCGGAUAUGCGCAGCCUCAGCAGCCGAUGCAAACUGGCAUCAACUCUAUGCUUCCCCCGGCAUUGCAGCCUCAGCAAACCGGUAUGAAUGGAUACGGCAACCCAUCUUACAACCAGCCUCCUCCUCCCGUGCCACCAAUUCCCCAGCAACCCACUGCCACCCCACUGUCACCUCAAAAGACUGGACCCCCGCCCUCUGUCAGAUUUGGUGUCAAACCAGAUGCCCCUAAGAAACUUGCCCCUCAGCCAACGGGACUCCGGGCGAACCUCUCCCAAGCUACGCCCCACAACCCUUUUGGUUUCUAA